AUGGAUACUGCCCUGAGUAUAACCAAUGACUCAAGGUUUCAAGUAUCUGAGUUCAUCCUGAUGGGGUUCCCAGGAAUUCAUGAGUGGCAACAUUGGCUCUCCUUGCCCCUGGCUCUGCUCUACCUCUUAGCUCUUGUUGCCAAUCUCCUCAUCUUGAUCACCAUCCAAUGUGAACCUACUCUGCACCAGUCCAUGUAUCUCUUCCUUGCUAUCUUGGCUGUUGUGGACUUUGGCCUGGCUACUACUAUCAUGCCCAAGAUCCUGGCCAUUUUAUCAUUUGAUGCCAAAGCCAUCAGCCUCCCUGAGUGUUUUUCUCAGAUCUAUGCCAUCCAUUCUUUUAUGGGCAUGGAGUCGGGCAUUUUCCUCUGCAUGGCUGUGGAUAGAUAUAUAGCCAUUUGCUUUCCCCUUCAGUACCCUUCCAUAAUCACUGAGACAUUUGUGAUCAAAGCCACACUGUCCAUGGUACUUAGGAAUUGCCUGCUGACCAUCCCACUGCCUGUAUUGGCUGCCCAGCGACACUUCUGCUCCAGAAAUGAGAUUGACCACUGCCUGUGCUCCAAUUUGGGGGUCACUAGUCUGGCUUGUGAUGACAUCACUAUUAAUAGGUUUUACCAGUUGGCCUUGGCCUGGGUUAUGCUUGGGAGUGACAUGGUUCUUGUCUUUGCUUCCUAUGCUUUGAUUAUUCGCUCAGUGCUGAGGCUGAACUCUGCUGAAGCAACAUCUAAGGCCCUGAAUACCUGCAGUUCCCAUCUCAUUCUCAUUCUCUUUUUCUACACAGCCAUUAUUGUAGUAUCUGUCACCCAUCUGGUGGGAAGAAAGGUUCCCUUCAUUCCUGUUCUCCUCAAUGUGCUGCAUAUUGUCACUCCCCCAGCCCUUAACCCAAUGGUAUAUGCGCUUAGGACCCAGGAGCUCAGAGUGGGCUUCCAGAGGGUGCUUGAUUUGGGUAAGAAUGUGUCCAGGAAGUGA